CGCGGGUGCCACCAGUGUCACUCGGGGGUGUCACCGCCGUCACCGGCCGGGCCGAAUCGCGGUGCCGGCUGUCCCAAAGCGGGGUUCCGGCUGUCCGGGACAGGGAUGGACACCCCGACACCUCUCCCGACCCUGAUCCGCAAGAAGCGGGACGGGGAGCGCCUGGAGGACGCCGAGAUCCGGAGCUUCGUGCGCGGCGUCACCGAGGGCACGGCGCAGCAGGGACAGAUCGGUGCCAUGCUGAUGGCCAUCCGGCUGCGGGGCAUGGACGCGGCUGAGACGCUGGCCCUGAGCCGGGCCAUGGCGAGCUCCGGCCGCACGCUGGCCUGGCCGCCCGCCUGGCACGGGCUGCUGGUGGACAAGCACUCCACCGGUGGCGUUGGGGACAAGGUCAGCCUGGCGCUGGCCCCCGCGCUGGCCGCCUGCGGCUGCAAGGUGCCCAUGAUCAGCGGGCGAGGGCUGGGCCACACCGGGGGCACCCUGGACAAGCUGGAGGCCAUUCCCGGGUUCCGCGUGUCCCAGAGCCCCGAGGAGAUGCAGCAGAUCCUGGAGCGGGUGGGCUGCUGCAUCGUGGGGCAGAGCUCGGAGCUGGUGCCCGCCGACCGCGUGCUCUACGGGCUGCGCGAUGUCACGGCCACCGUGGACAGCCUGCCGCUCAUCACCGCCUCCAUCCUCAGCAAGAAGGCGGCGGAGCGGCUCUCGGCGCUGGUGCUCGAUGUCAAGUUCGGGGAGGCGGCUCUGUACCCCACCCAGGAGAGCGCUCGGGAGCUGGCGCGGAGCCUGGUGGAGGUGGGCACGCAGCUGGGCAUCCGCACCGCGGCUGUGCUGAGCCGCAUGGAGCAGCCGCUGGGCCGGGCCGUGGGAAACGCGCUGGAGGUGCUGGAGGCGCUGGAGUGCCUGGGGGGCAGCGGGCCCCCCGACCUGCGACAGCUGGUGACAGCCCUGGGGGGCACGCUGCUGUGGCAGUUGGGUGCAGCGGGUUGGGUGCAGCGGGUCCGGGCGCUGCCCGUGGCGCGGGUCCUGCACGGGCUGGGCGCGGGUCGCUCUCGGGCCGGGGACCCCGUGAACCCCCGAGUUGGAGCCGAGCUGUUGGUGGGGCCCGGGCAGCACCUGCGGGCAGGUGAGGGGGGCUCAGGGACCCCCGAGUGCCCCCCGUGUGACCCUUCCUCGGGGGAGCCCGGCUGA